AUGCCGCUCUCCUCGUUAUACCAUCGUUCUUCCGAUCCUCAACCAAUUUCAAGUCGCCAUACUCUUGACUCUCCCCACAGUUCUCCUCGACCAUCGUCUCAGCCAGUCAGCUCUAGUAAAUUUGACUGUCCUAGGCCUCCGCCUCGCAGUAUACUUCGUCAGCCUAACCACGAAAUCCCACCUGCACCUUACUUCUACGAAAGUUCGCCCUUGAACGGCAAUCCACGUGUAACUUCCUCUCAGGCUCCCCCAGGCGCUGAAGCUGCCCAUAAACGGAAUUCUUUGCCUGCCGACUUUCAGUCCUUAACUACGAAUCGUGAUCGUCAUCUAUCACUCCCUGCAGGCCUACUCUCGCCUCGAGUGUCAGAAGCGGACAUGGAGAAGGACAGGCUUGCUCGGGCCUGUGGUCAGACUGCAAUGCCCCUAUUCUACGAUCAGAGGAGAGGACCCUAUAUAGAGGGUCUUGCAUCUUCCAGCAGGCCAUCCUCUCGUUUCCACGAGCACAUUGAGGAGGACCCAGAUUCUCAUAUGUCAUCAGGACAACAGCUACCGUAUGUUCCCAAACUCAACCCUCAUAAGUAUUAUCGAAAGCUAGACGGUUUACUUCGUCGUGAUAAACAUCGAGCAAUGGACUAUCUACUCUACGAGGACGUCUUAACCUUGUACAAAAGAGAUGGCGCAAUGCGGGAGCAGUGUGAGAACGAAAAACAGCGACCUUCUCAAUGUGAUAAAGACUUUAGUGUUAUCGGUGCCCCACUGCAUCAGGCACUACUGCAUUCCUCAUCUGCAGUUGUAGUUGGGGAAUAUCGACACGAUGUACCCAUCGUUGUCAUUGCAUGCAUAGAGGAACUCUAUCGAACAGGUAUCUAUCAAAAUGGACUUUUCCGAGCUCUCCCGAAUCGUGAACGCCAUCUUCAGCUGAUGGAUAUCUAUGAUCAUAGUCCUGAUUUCGGGGCCAAGUACAGCUUGCGCGGACAGGCUAUGCCCGACGUCUGUGCACUCCUUUCUACCUACCUCUCUAACCUUCCAGGUCCUAUCAUUGAUCCUAUCCUUUACGAUGGCUUCUGGCACUGGUGUGUCAAACCAAGUGUGAAACGACAGGAGCAAAGAGAGCAGGCGGAAUCUGAAGACGACGAAGAAAUGAAUGCCCGUCGCCGUCGCCGACCUUCACAUAGACGGAUAUACAGCCGAGAUGUCCUUUUACGUUCCAACGUUGACGACGAAGUCGAGGUCUACCAGAUCAGUAUCGCGCAAAUACUCUUACGGUUCCUCCCCGCUGGAAAUCUUUCCCUACUCCUUUACCUCUUUGGUUUCUUCACACAAAUCCCGCUGUGCCCUGAUAACGGUAUUCAUUUUGAGGAUAUUUCACGGAUCUUUGCACACCGCAUGAUCGGAGGAACAUCGAAGGCGAAUGCACAGAGGAUGAUGGUCUGGUUACUGUCUAGGUGGAGUAAAAUAUCUGAAGAUUUGUGCGGAGAUGGGAAGUCUGUAGUCGCUUCACCCGCUAUUGGGACUGGACAUAUAGGUUCGAGUCCUCAGCGGCAGGAAAGUGGUCCUUGUCGGGUUUCCAAAGACGGAGAUGACCUCCCAGAAUCAUCAAAAUUGCAUCGUACUCGAUCGCAGUUAGCCGCCGAAGAUUCUCAUGCAUCUAUGGAGCCUUCUGCCAACAACCCUUUACAUUAUAUAGCGGGGUCAUUCUCGAAAUUAUCUCCAUCGAAUUUCAAAAAAAACAAUGGGGUCGGCGAAGAAAGGGUCGUGGCACCCACUGCGCAUUCAGAUGGAGACUUGAUGCAGAGAACUCCUUCGGCGAAACGAAGUUAUUCCGGGCGCAAUAAUGCCCAGUUGCGACCAGGUCUUCCGAUGGAGAAUGAUAGAACAGGUUACUACCGUGAGCAAUUUCAUUCAGAUAAUUCAGUAGGGUCUGAUUUCUCUCCCGACAUUCUUUGUUCCAUAAACACAACCUCGAUAACAGCUAAUGUCCAAGAACUCGACCAACCAGAUGACCAGAAGCGGUUAAUAUAUUCACGUAUCGCGGAGUUAGAGAAGGAGUUCAAACGUAACAACGAUGUCGUCGCGGACGCAAUCAAGCAGACGUACAAAGCGCAGGACGAAACUCGAUUUUUGACGGAGAGGGUAGGAUUAAUGGAAAAAGAUAUGAAAGAGCGGAUUGUUAUGGUGGCGGAAAUACAGGAAGCGCUUGAGAAUGAUAAGAGCACUCUCAAGUCGCGGAUUAGAAAUGCUGAAAAAGAGAGAGAUAGAGUUUUAAAGAUGGUGGAUGGUAUCAAGGGUUUAUUGAAAGUUACAUAG